UUUGAUGCCUGUAGUGAACGUAAAGCAUAAGCAUAAGAGCUUAGAUUAUUUUGUCGCUCCGAGUAAUGAAUUUUUGAUGUGAACUUUUUCGAAAAUUCUUGGCUUAUUUUUAAAAUCAAGAUGCGGAGGAAGAUACGCGAAGGGAAUAGUAGAGGAAAAAUACAAAGAAUUUCGAAGAGUAAAAUAAGUAAUAAUGGAGAAACUCAACACAAAAUUAAUGAAGAAACUAAAGGCAAGUUUAUUGCAAGAACUGUAGAUAAAGGACAUGAUUAUGAAGAUAAAACGUGGGACAUUAAAAAUGGUGUAUCUGACUGGAUGGCAAAGUUUCCAUAUUAUACUUCAGUGAUUGCGGAUGAUAAACUUGAUCUUUUGUCCAUCCUUGAUCCUUUGAAAAAUGAGUUGAAACAACUUUUAGUUUAUUCUGUGAAAAAACAAGAGCUUCUUCGAGAAGAAUCAAGUUUUUCAGAUACAAUGAAGUCUAAACCAAAGAAAUUAAACCAAGCACCACAAGUCGCAGAUAUUCCAGUUGUACCUAGAGAUGAUUUUCUUUUUGACUUUUGGAAGUUUAUGGAAAUGUUUUCUGGUGAAAUUUCAGCUGAGAAUCUUAGUAAACUCAAGGCUUCUAUUAAUACAUGUGAUGCAGAUUUCUUUAAUGAACCAGGACAGUCAUUGGAAGAUGUGAAUAAAAUAGCUGGAGAUAAAGUCCCACUAAAACAAAAUGAAGAAAAGUGCAUAGAUGAGAGAGAUUUCCUGAAAGGAGCAAAUAGUUCGAAUGAAGUAAGUAAUGGUAUGACUUUGGGUCCUUUGACACAACGUUUAAUUUCUUGCUUUUUUGAGGAAGACCAUGGAAAUCCAGAAACAGAUGUAACAACAAGUAUAAAAGAUUCUGCAAGUAUGCAUACUUCAGCUAAACCAGAGUUUAUGAAAUCAUUGCAGCUAUCAUCUCUGUUUGGAUCAGCUGAUGAACUUGAAAAUCAAAUACAAAAAAAAUUGAUUAAAUAUGGCAUUUUGGAAGAUGAACCUAAACCACCAGAAGAUAAAGUGCUUGCCAGGCUUAAAAAACUGCAGAGUGAAUUGAAUUCAGUUCGUGCUAAGAAUGCUAAUCAAAAAAAGAUGCUGCUGAACUUAGCUGAGAAGGAAAUGGCUAAGCAAGAAAUAUUGAAGAAAAUGCAAUAUUCUGAAUCCAAAGUUAUUACUGCUUUCAAAGAAAUAGCUGAAUUUAGUAUUAAAAGUGAAAUGACCGAUAGAGAACGUCGUCGUUUAAGGAAGAGCCUUGAAGAUCUUCAUGUUGUAAAGAUCCUUGAAGAGCAUAGAAAACUAACUGAAGAACUAAAUAUAGCUGAGAAUUAUAGCGAACUUUGAAAUAAAAUUUUACUUUAUCAGGCAUGAUAACCUGUGGCCUCCAGAGCUCACCAAUUGACAAGUAAUCAGAAGCAGUGGAUAAAGUAAUGAAUGUCAAUAGCUUUGAAUUUGAAAAUGAGAACUGGUUGGUUCAUUUUUCAUGGAUAUCUCUGUUUAUGUAAAUUGGCAUCUUUAAGGCGAAAGCAUUUGAUAUGAUGCUUCAAGAAAAGGUUGUGUUCAAAAUUAAAUUAAAAUUGCAGCAAUAAUUUGCACUCUGAACAGGUUCAUGCAAACAACAAAAAUAAUGGCUACAGCCAUUAUAUAAUUAGACUUUAACAAUAGAUUUUGAAAAAAAAAAAAAAAAAA